AUGAAGUCCUUCACCCCCGUUGCUUUGGCCUUGAUGGCUGCCUUCGGCAUGGUCGCCGCUGACCCCUCUGCCUCGGAGUGUGCUAGCAUGUGUCUCUCCAACAUGAACGACAAGGCCUCUGAGUUGGGUUGCAAGUCUGGUGACUUGGGCUGCCUGUGCAAGACCAACGACUACAAGUUCGGCAUUCGUGACUGCACUAAGGAAGCCUGCCCCAACGAUGACGCCGAGCAGGUCCUCUCCAUGGCCGUCGCCAAGUGCCCUGGCGGUGUCGCUGGCUCUGAUGCUGUGUCCCUCACCACCACUGGCUCCGGCUCCAAGUCCACUUCUACCUCUGACUCCAGCUCGACCUCUGGCUCCAGCUCCGGCGCUGGUGGUGAUUCCACUACCUGGACAACUGGUACUGCCUCUACUACUGCCACCGGCUCUGACGCCAGCAUGACUGGCACCGGCGCAUCUGGCUCCGGUAUGAGCGGCACUGCUACCAAGACUGCAUGGGAAUCUAGCGUGACUGUGACUACCACUGAUGCUUCCGGCUCCUCCACCACCAUGGUCACCAAGACCAGCUCCGGUGCCUCUGCCACUUCCACUGGCUCUGGCAGCGACUCCGACUCCGACUCUGACAACGGCUCUGGCUCUAACUCCAACUCCGACUCCAACUCCGGCUCUGACAACAACUCUGACAACGACUCUGAUAACGACUCUGACUCGGCUUCCGGCUCUGCCGCUUCUAGCUCUACCAGCGAGGCUGCCGCUCCUAUGAUCACCGUCGGUAGCCGCGCUAUGGGCGCUCUCGGCCUGGUCGCUCUCCUCGCUCUGUAA